CUGACGUCACCACCCACAGCUGCGACCCGGAAGGAGAUCUCCUUGUGUUCCAAGCUUCCGGACGCGGAUUGCCAGUGUAGGGCCGAUCACACGAACUAUGCGGUGAGGAAACCCCGGAGGGGGAUGCUUCUCUGAUGCCUAACGAUGGAUGAUGAAGAAAAUCAGGACCAACUGAUCAACAGGAACACCUCCCAGGGGAAAAGCCGGCGCCAAGGGCCAUUCCUAGCCAGUGAUGAUGAAAAUGUGGAGGAAUCUGGUGGAUCAAGGAGUGAAGAAGAGGAUGAUAUGGAUGAAGAAGAUGGUGAGGAGGAAGACGGAUCUGAUUCAGAAGAAGACGAUGAAGAUGAAGAUGAAGAGGAGCUUCCAGUUGGAAGCUCAGACCCCGCUCUCUCUGCUGCAGAUUUAAAUGAAGCUAUGAGCUCUGAUGAGGAAAGAGAGAACUGUCCCAUAUGUCUGAAUGGCUUUAGAGACCAGGUUGUGGGGACGCCGGAAAACUGCAACCAUUAUUUCUGCCUGGAAUGCAUUGUCGAGUGGUCAAAGAAUGCCAACUCGUGCCCUGUGGACAGGAUUACCUUUUCAUGCAUUCAUAUCAGGGCCCAUUAUGGAGGCGAGAUCCUUAAAAAGGUCCCAAUCCUAAGUAAAGCAGAUGAGAAUUUGUUGGAAGAAGAGGACCCUACAAAUUGUGAAGUUUGUGGGCGCAGUGACCGAGAGGAUCGGCUGCUGCUGUGUGAUGGCUGUGAUGCCGGGUACCACAUGGAAUGUCUGACUCCUCCCCUCAACGCCAUUCCUGUGGAUGAAUGGUUCUGCCCAGAAUGUGCUGCUACGAAUCAGCCUGAUGAAGACGCAGUUAGUGAGGAAGAAGUCUCGAGCCUGCUGGCAGAUGUAGUUCCCACCACAAGCCGUCUGAGGACCAAUGUGGUGAGGACUCGUGCCAUUGCCCGCACCAGGCAAAGCGAGAGGGUGAGAGCCAGUGUCAACAGGAUCCGUACCACAGCACGUCAUAGCCAGAAUGUUCCAAGGUAUUUAUUGUCCUCUCUUCUUGAUGAAACCAUUGAGGCAGUUGUAGCUGGACUCAAUACUGCAGUCUACCAACGAAAUCUGACUCCCCGUACCACCACCACAAGACGGAAAAGAAGAACUGGAAAAAAAACAGGCGAGUCAAAGGCGUCCAAAGGAAGCCAUGGGGUACGAAAAAGGCGGAAACGACGGUUUAAAAGGCGAAAAGGACGAAAGCAGAUGAGUCGCAAAGUUCCAACUUCCCACAGGCGCAUUGCAAGGUCUCUGGGUAUGUGCAGUCCGCAGCGGGGAUCUGCGUUACCUCGCAUGCAGAGGGCACCAGAACAAACAUUAGGCUCCAUGAGACAUGACAUUGGUGCUGCCACCCUCUCUGUGUUUGGCAGUGCACAUGACCUAGAUCCAUUUGACAGUAAUGAUGAUCAGAUCAGUAAUCUCUCAUCUCCACUGACUGCUAAGCGGAGGGUCCUCUCUCGCUCUGCCUUGAGGUCACAUCAACCUGUUGCAAGGCCCAUCUCUGUUGGACUUUCACGAGGCAGAGCACCCCCCGUAGCUUCUGAUUCAGUUGCAGAACCUGUGCCAGAUCUCCUGGGAAGUAUCCUCUCUGGGCAGAGCAUCCUCAUGAUGAAGAGUUCUGAUAUUGUGAUCAGUCGAGAUGGAUCUUUGACAGCCAAGAAAUCUGGUGAGACAUUUAUGCUGAGGGAAAUGUCAUCACAGAACUCUAGGGAAGAAAUAACACCAGCUGGCCUAAAGGAACCAGCCCCAUCUCACUCAGGGUCCCCAACAAUCUCCUCCUCACCGAAUACAUGGAAACCUGUUGUACAGCAACCACAUCUCAUUUCUCCUUCAUCUGAUCUAUACUCCUGCCCUUCACCUUCGCCACCUCCUGCAUCAUCCGACUCUUCAAUGCCUGGGAUUUCUCCUUUCCGAUUGAAGAAUGCUUUUACCCCACGGGUUGUCCAAGUGCAGUCUGCUGGACGUCUAACUUCAAAGGGGGCUGAACCGCUUCGUAUGAAUGGAACACUUCGCAAUCCAGAGUCAGCCAACUUAAAUGAUCCAAUCCCUCCAAAACCACCAGAGGUCAAGCAUCCGAUCAGGCCAUGUGCAAAAAGACUGGACAUUUCUGAAUUUCCUCGGAUACCAAAGAUCAAAAAGGAGACUAACAUCAGUCCCAAUAGUGAAGGCAGAAAACGUUUGGAGUCCUCUGCCAGCAGUAGUGCAAAUGCUAGCCUUCCAAGGCCUCUUGUAAACCAGCUAACUGGACGAGGUGAGAGUAAGCAGUUAGGCAGGUUUAAUACAUCAGAAAAUACCGAAAAAAGCACUCGCCAAGAAUCUCAAGCACCUUCAAGACCCUGUGGUGGAAUUUCAUCUAGUCAUACAGCCUCAAGCAACAGUAAAGCACCUCUUUCAAACUCAUCGAGGAAUGCAGGUUCCUCAGAUUCAGGAGGAGGGCUUAGAAUAACAAUAAGUGGAAGUUCAAGUAAUUCAUGUAGACAAUUCAGUCCUAGUGCUAAAGACCCUUUCCGCACAUCAGAAGUAAAAACGCAACAAAGGGCUACACCGCUUUACCCUUCAAAUAUCAAACAAGAAAAAACUAUUAAAAAUGAAAUUUAUGAUCCUUUUGAGCCAACAGGUUCAGAUUCAGGGUCGCAAAAUAGCAGUCCAGAAAGGCCUACCACACCCCCGAUACCCUCCACAUCCACUGAGAACACUGGUACAGCUCCAUCUACUGGUGUGAAAGUGGGAGCAUUUCGGAGCUUUAAGUUCACUACCCACUCUAGUAGAGUUGGUAUAUCUAAACUUGGGCCUGACUUUUCUGGGCAGUCACCCACCAACAAAGAGUCACAAGAAAGGAAAAGUCCAGAAAAUGUAAGCUCAGUGUCUCCCCCUACCCUUAAAAUGGAUAAUGAGAUUAAAAAGGAAAUUAAGGAAGAAUUAACUGAACAUAUUCCUUUUAGAAUAACCUGUCCAUUGUCUGGACUAAAAAUUACAUCUGAUCUCACGGCAGGUGGUACUCGCGGCUUCCAUUUUGAUGUAGAAGAUCAGCCUAAAAUUUCUAUUAAAACUGAGCCAGAUGUACUUCCAAACAGAACUUUUCACCAUAGUACUGCAGGUGGUAGAGUGGUGUGGGAGGAAGAGGAACCCUUGGAGUCCUGCUCUUUAUCCAUUAGUCAUAGCAUAGAACUACAGAAAAAGAAAAUCACAGUUAAGGAGGAACCAAAGCCAUGCUCAAGGUCGAGAUCUAGAACAAGGUCCCGAGAACAAGAGCCAAGAUCUGCAUCUUGGUCUGCAGAAGAAAAAGAGAGAAAACUCAAAUCAAAGUCACAUAAGGUAAAGCGAUCACGUAGUGACAGGUCAAGCUCUGGAAGCUGUGAACGUUCCAAGAAGAAGCGUCAAAAAGAGAAAAAGAAAGAAAAGAAAAAGAAGAACUAUGAGUCUAGAGAAAGAAGAAGGUCCAGAUCUAGCAGUCGGAGUAGCUCGUCCCACAGGAUUUGUAACAUUAAGAAGAAAAAGAAGAAGAAGCGUGAUUCGAGGAGUGAAUCUGCCAGUCGCCGAUCUGUUAGCCCUGAAAAAGAAAAAAAGAGGAAGCACAAAAGUGACAAGAGUUAUUCCAACAAAGAAAGCACUUCAAAAGUGAAAGAGAAGAAGAAGUCCAAGGAAGACCGGGAAAAGCAAAAAACAAGGUCACAACCAUUGACUAAGGAGAUUAAAACUCACAAGUCAAGGGACAAAUCUCCCACGUUUCGAGACCAAGAGAUAACUAGACACAUUGUCUUGUCCCCAAAUGACAAUGAAACAACUAUAAUGUGUACAGUUAGCUUUAAAUCUGAGUCCCCCACAAUUGUUCAAGAGACAAAAAGGUCCAUGCUUCUUAUACCCAAAGAAGAAGACCAUGAAAGACAUGCAUUCCAGUACUUGGAAAGUAACAUUUCCAUUGAAGAGGAAAAAGAUGUUGAGUUAUCUGAUUGUGAUGAGGAAGUUAAGUUGGAACCUGAAAGCCCACCCUGGUCUCCAUCUCUUUUGGAUUCCUUGGUUCCUGAAAACAAUAAUGAAGACAUCCCAGAACCCCCUUCUCCAAAGGAAUCUUCUCCCUUAAACGACUUUCUGGCUACAUCUGUGGUUAGUCCCCAAGCUUCAUUGUUGUCUACUGGCACAGAGCCUGCUAGUCCAAAGUCUCCUAGUCCACAGCCAUCUUGUGGGGAUCAUUCCUUGUCUACUGCUGUUCUAACUGUCAAGAAGGAAGAUGAUGAUGAUCUUCAGUGGUCACCUUCCCACUUAGAUGAUUUUCUAUUAAAUGAACUUUCUGAUGACGUGUGCUCGGUGGAGGCUGCCAGCCCAGAUGAUGUGGAUCUUGAAGAGGCUAUAAUGAUGAAGAGAGAAGGGGACUUUAAGGAGCCUGCUAUAAUAAACUUCUCUGAAAAGGCAGUCAUACCGUUUCUACAAGAUGAUGAAAAUUCAGGUGACGGAGCAGCUGGAAACCACAUUGAUGAAAAGACCACAAAUAACGGGAACACCACUGUGGAAGACAUCAAGUCUGAUGACCUUGAGGAAGCAGCUUCAUCGUCUAUCUCAAAAUCCAAACUUCAGAUAAAGAGAGUGACCUGGGACCUUCAGAAAGAUACUGAUAAGAACGCCACCACAGAAGAAUCUGGAUCUUCCCCCUUCAGUAAUGCUCAGUCGGAAGCUUGGGAAGCCUCAACUGGGUUUACAGGCAGUCAAGUAACCAGCUACAAACCAGAUUCUUCAAGUGAAACUUCCAGCCCUCUUGCCUGGAACACCCCGGAUGCAUCUACUCAGGGAUCUUUGAUCCAAUCAGUGGGUCAGGGAUCAUGGAAUUCAGAAAACAGAACCCAGAAUAAUGUUAAAGCUGAAGACCAACCCAUAGCACAUUCUGUAAACACACUUGGAGCCAUAACUCGAGAAAGACAAGUUAAGGACUCCAUUCAGAUUCCUUGGAUUGCCACGGAUACGCCAGUUCAGGUGUUCCCUCAGACCUUGCCUCUAUUACCACUUCCACCAAUCUUUCCCCCUUACGCCCCUGUGAGUGAGCCCACAGUGCCCAUUGUACUUCAGAGCAGCAGAACCAUGCCCAGCCAGACACCAAAACCUGGCAGUCUGGCUACAGCAAAUGAACCCAAGAUGCAGGCAGCAAGCACAGGUGAAAAAAAAGGAAAAUCAAAACUAAAAAAAGCAGAAAAAGCUGAAAAAGCAAAGAAUGAAGAGUACAUGAAGAAACUUCAUAUGCAGGAGAGAGCGGUGGAGGAGGUCAAACUGGCCAUAAAACCAUUUUACCAGAAGAGGGAAAUCACAAAGGAUGAAUACAAAGAGAUCCUGCGUAAAGCAGUGCAGAAGAUCUGCCACAGCAAGAGCGGGGAAAUCAACCCAGUUAAAGUGGUGAACUUGGUCAAAGGCUAUGUGGACAGGUACAAACACAUCAGAAAUAAACAGAAGAAAUCCGGAAUAUUUGAGGAUCCUGACUUGGGCCGCGAUUCACCCAUAUAAAUUAUCAUGAGAAACUGCAGAGUACAUACUAAGUAGACAUCUUUCAUCGGAGGUCGUCUGGUCACACUCCCUCCGUCUCAGUCGAUGAUUUGUAGUAUACAGGGGAGAGGAUUUUCAUUUUUCAGGACAAAAAAAAAAAAUGUCUGAUUUAUUCUUCUAAACUCGUCUUGGAUUUUUUGUUUGCCAGUUUUGAACCAUAUUGCCAUAUACUGCACACCGCUCUGCCAGCUUGCAUUUCACAGAGGUUCUCCCUAGAGACGUGGAAAAUACGGAAAGCAGAAGUAACACCAUGUCACGGAGACUUGGGAUUAUUGUUGACAUCUGUUGUUCUAUCCCUUUGUAGUUUGUGUUACUAAAGUAUACAUGAAAGAAUGAAUAGAUACAUUUGUAACAAACUCUUUUAUUUUUUCUUUUUUCUGUGGGUACAUUUUUGAUUGGCAUGAAAGAGCGGUGAACAGCCAGCCUUUAAUAAUGAGAGCAAUGGAAGAAAAUGUUCUGGAAUAAAGAUUUGUCCUUUGACAAUGAAAUAUGUAUGAAGGGCAAUUUUGUAAUAAUUCAAUGGUUUUAACGGAUGUUUCUUUGGUUUAUACUACAUCAUUUUGCAGAAAUUAGUCUAGUUUAAUGGGAAAACU